AUGGCUGAAUCCUCAGAAAGACAUUUUUUCUUUUGUUUUUCCUCAUGGAUCAGACAGGGCCUCUUUCUGGUUUUGAGGGAUUUCCAGGGACUGACGCAGAUCAUCAUUCCCCAGGAUGAGGCACAUUCUCACGUGAAGAAGCUCUUGUCUAGUGCUCCAGUGGAGUCUGUUGUGCGAGUGACGGGGAUUGUGGCCCUUCGACCCCCAGGGCAGGAGAAUCCGAAAAUGCCAACAGGGGACAUUGAAGUGAAGGUGGAGACUGCAGAGGUCCUAAACACCUGCAAAAAGCUACCUUUUGAAAUCAAGGAUUUUGUCAAGAAAUCAGAGGCCUUGCGCAUGCAGUAUCGCUACUUGGACUUGCGCAGCGUUCAGCUGCAGUACAACCUCAGGCUGAGAUCACAGAUAGUGAUGAAGAUGCGGGAAUACCUCUGUCACCUCCAUGGGUUUGUGGAUGUAGAAACUCCAACACUCUUCAAGAGAACCCCAGGGGGGGCAAAAGAAUUUCUUGUGCCCUCGAGGGAACCAGGGAAAUUCUACUCUCUGCCACAGAGUCCUCAGCAGUUCAAGCAGCUCCUCAUGGUUGGAGGCCUGGACAGGUACUUCCAGGUUGCUCGCUGCUAUCGGGAUGAAGGUUCCAGGCCUGACAGACAGCCUGAAUUCACUCAGAUAGAUGUAGAGAUGUCGUUCGUGGAUCAAGGUGGGAUCCAGAGACUCAUAGAGGGCCUCCUGCAACAUUGCUGGCCUGAGGAGAAAGGCCCCAUUACCACUCCCUUCCCCUCCAUGACCUAUGAGGAGGCACUGGCUGACUAUGGGACUGAUAAACCAGACACUCGCUUUGGCAUGAAGAUAAUGGAUAUCAGUGAUUUCACACGAAAUUUGGGCAUUCCCUUUGUGCAGAAUGUGCUCGGUUGUCCGCAUGGCACUGUCAAAGCCAUUUGGAUCCCUCAGGGAAUGAGAUACCUUAAAAAUAAAGAUAUCGAGUCAUUAAAGGAGGCUGCAAGAUCCCAGUUUAACCAGGAAAUUGUGGAUAUUGUCUGCAAGCCAGAUGGAAGCUUGAAGUCUCUGCUUACAAGGUUUCUCAGCCAGGAGCAGCAGUCAGAGCUCACCCAAGUGCUGAAGAUGCAGGAGGAUGACGUGGUCCUGCUGGCAGCUGGAGAACACAAGCGAGUGUGUUCUGCUUUAGGAAGCUUGCGGUUGGCGAGCGCCAACCUCCUGGAGGCAGCUGGCCUGGUGCUCCGUGAUCCAGCGGCAUUUCACUUUCUCUGGGUGGUUGAUUUCUUUUUUUUUUUGGAAUCUGCUCAUCAUCCCUUCACUGCCCCCCAUCCUUCAGAUAUGGGCCUCCUCUAUUCAGAUCCCACAAAGGUCCGUAGUCAGCACUAUGACCUUGUGCUAAAUGGGAAUGAAAUCGGCGGUGGCUCCAUCCGAAUUCAUAAUGCAGAGCUGCAGCGUUUUGUGCUUGAGAAAGUGCUGAAGGAGGACUCUGAAGUGCUUUCCCAUCUGCUUGAUGCUUUGGAGUUUGGAGCUCCUCCUCAUGGAGGAAUUGCUUUAGGACUUGACAGGCUGAUCUCUCUCAUCGUCGGCGCUCCAAGUAUCCGAGAUGUCAUUGCUUUUCCCAAAUCCUUCAGGGGACGGGACCUGAUGGGCAGUGCUCCAGACUACGUCACUCCAGAAGAGCUCGAGCCGUAUCACAUCCAGGUUUCCUGGCCUGUUGCAGAAGCAGAGGCGAAGAAAAACUGACUUAAGCCAGUGAUGGGAGGUGAUCUGUUUAACUAGGGAUG